GCCGUCAUCAACACGCACGCGCUGUCAAGAACACCAAGCGAUGGCUGGUGCCGACGAGUCGCAGCCUUUCCUUUCGUCCGAAGACAACUGCGAAGUGCUGAGAGGAAGAGGCAACGACACGGAGGCCCUCACCGAGUUCGGCUUCGAGAGCUUGGAGGAGCGCCGCCCGACCGCUUUCCGUGAGUGCGAGAAGGCCCACAAGCCAGUCGAGCCCCCGGCCUGCGUCCCCUGCUGCAUCCUGUGCAAGGGAGCCCACGUCACGGGCUCGCGCUCGUGCGGGCUCCGGUUCGAGCGGAACGGCCCGUCAUCGCCCCCGGCCACCUCCGAGCACCAGCCUCCUACACCAGUGCCACCCACCGCGCCCAUCCUCAACACCUCCCGGCCUUCCCGUCCCCGCCGCCACUCUGUCUCCCGUGGUGCCACGUCUGCCAGCCGCCACCGCUCCGUCUCCUUCCCGCCUCUGCCUAGGUCCGAGGCGUCCACCGCCCUCGCCACCACCACCACAUCACCGAGACUGACGAAGAAGGCUGUUCAUGAAGCACUUGACACUUCAGAAGAAUAUGAGUGCUUCGUGAGGGGAGCGGCAGUCACCUCCAGCCCGUUGCCUCAGCCUGUGCUCUCUUCAACGCCGCCGGCCCGUGACUUGCAUCCCGUGAGAACACCUAUAGCGUGUCACGAGAAGGUCGACAUGCUGGAGCUUGUCGGUAUGGUCGAAGGUAAACUCAAGCUCUCAGAACGCAAGAAUCUCGUGGGCUAUGGGCAGCAGAUGAAGCCCGAACUGCUCUAUUGGGUGACCGACGAAGCUAUGCCCUGGGACGAAGUGGAAGCCCAGAAUUCACUCGGCAAUCGUACCCCAUCGCCCGGCUCCUUCCAUUCUCACCUGGAGCUCUCGGGGACUGGACUUGCCACGCCCCCACCGCUGCUGUACUCAGUGAAGAAACCACUACCUGCGCAUACUCGUGGGACAGCCGCCAAUGAGAGCCAUGAAGAGGAAUCGCAGCCUGCACUCAAGGGGUCUGAGAAGGAAAGCCCGACGGGAUUCCUCCGACGGUCUCUGCACAUGGUAGCCACGGCUGCGCGGAGACGCGAUUCGGAUGACGUCGUCAAGAACGAUGUUUAGGGCACUUUGUAAAUAUUUUAGUUUAUUUUAGUUUUUAUGAAUUUAUCGCUUGCUCUGCGUGAAUAAAUGAUUAAUUCUUCUGUUA